AUGAUGGUGUUUUCCACAAAUGGGAUCAUUGUUUUAGGUCAUGGAAAUGAGGCUGUUGGAUCAACCCCACAUGACCAGCUUCUGGUUCGGACCUCUGUUUCUUUCUCUGGCCUUCUUCUUUUUGCGAUUGGGUUUCUUCUCUUUAUGGUGGCAUUUGUGAAGGAAAGGGAGUUUCAAGUCUUCUUUGCAGAAGGAUGUUUGCUUCUUCAUAUUGCCAUGGCGAUUUGGAGAGCUUUCUUUGAAAGUAAUCUUGAAGAGCUUCGUAGUGAUUGGCUCAAGCAAGUUAUUGGUGAUAUUGUGUUAGGUCUCUCUUGGGGUUCUUUUGUUGUUUAUUCAUGGGGAGAGAAGUAUGAUUAA